GGUAAAAGGUUCUACUCACGUAGUCUUCAUUGCAUCCCCGUGAGACGCAUCUACUGAUGAUUCCGAAGAACUCUACAGGCUGAACAAGGAAGAGUUGAAGAGACUAUGGUGAAACGGAGAGCGGACUGUUUGCUGAUCAUUUGCGCGUUGUGGCUGUUUUGGCUCUAUGGCAGUUUACAUUACGCAGAUGGGCAUUACGACAAUGCUUAUCACCUCACACGCCCAGACCGAGUAGAUGGCAGAAGGGAAAAGAGAGAUCUUUCGACCUCUGAAAAGGGAGUUCACGUUGACACCGCCUCGUAUCGCUUGACUGCUUUUGACAAGGACUGGACCCUGGAUGUAAAACGAAACAAGGAACUUAUUCAUCCAUCUUUUUCUGUUCGUACAUUUGCAAAUGAUGGGUCGCACAUUAUCAGUCAACAGGGCGUCGUUGAUCAUUGUCACUAUCAGGGCUCCAUCCGGAGUUUAAAGGAUUCAAAUGUUGUCCUUAACACUUGUUCUGGAUUGAGAGGUUUAAUUGAUGAUGGCCAUGAGACAUUUUACAUCACACCUGAGAAUGGACAAAAAGAGCACGGAAUUCACAGAGUUAGCAGAGCCAAAGAAGACGAGUUUAAAGAAAUUCUUGAUAAGUGUGGAAACAAAGAAGCACAGGCAGACUCUCAUUCCUCACGCGAACUUCUGAGUCCAUUUUCACGGAUAAGAAGAAGCAUAUCGGGUCACAUUGAUGAAUUCUACAAACCAUUUCUGACAACAGAUGAGACGCGGUACAACGAACUCGCGAUUUGUGUGGAUUUUGAAAUGUACAGCAACCAUGACAAUGAUACCAAAGCUGUCACAGACCGUGUCAUUACAUUGGUGAAUGCUGUUGAUGCGAUUUAUCAGCGAAUAAAUAUCAGGAUAGUCUUAAAGGUGUUGGAGAUCUGGACCAAUGGUGAUCCUUAUAAGCGAGAGAAUGACCGAGACCUAGAGUUAAAGAACUUUAGGACUUACCGAAAUGAUAUUCUGAUGAAAAAAUUUCCUCACGACAAUGCACAAUUACUAAGUCACCGAUCCUGGCCAGGAGGGACCGUUGGUUAUGCAUGGGUCAACGGGAUGUGUGGUGGAAAUUCAAAUGGAAUAAAUUCCUGGUAUUAUAACAGUAUCAUUGGUCCUUACGUUACUCUUGCUCAUGAAAUGGGUCACAACUUUGGAUUCAAUCAUGACACAGGGACCUGCAAGUGCUUAACGCCACGUGGCUGCAUCAUGGGAGGUCACAAGACCAGACUUCCAGGAUUUUCAAAUUGCAGUUUAACGUCGCUGCAAAGGGUUAACGAUGCUUGCUUGUACAACGUGCCAACUUACAAGGCUGUCAACAGUUAUUGUGGAAACGGCAUACGUGAAGAAGGAGAGGAAUGUGACUGCGGUACUCCUGAGAUGUGUAAGGCCAGCGAUCCUUGCUGCGAACCCAAGAACUGUGUUCUCAAAGAGGAAUCUCAGUGCAGUGACCUACAUCAUUCAUGCUGCAAAAACUGCCUGGUAAGAAACUCAUCAGUGAUUCAGGGAAAUACUAACUUCGACAGUGUAAACAGAAGAGGCUUGAAUCCAAAAGUCACCGCUCGAUAUCUUCGUAUCAAUCCUCCAUAUUGGAAUGGCUGGCCUUGUCUAAGAACUGACUUCAUGGGCUGCUCUAAAGAUGAAGCCAUUCCGACAGAACCGACACCUCUGAAGUCUUACGGCUUAAACCUUUGUCUUACUCCACGAAGCAAGAAUUGCUCUCCAAAUGACAACGACCCCAUAGUAUAUGCAUCAGGUGUUCUGUGCUCGGAGAGCCAUUUCCAAUUUACCCUUGGAACAGAUGGGGUGCUGCGCCACACUUGUAGCGGGAAAAUGGUUUGUACAGAAAAUGGCGGCACAGGUAAUAGUGUGAAGAUUGUCGUCAGCAGUACCUGUUCACUUGAAGAUUCCAAAUUUGAAAGAACCUCAGGGCGAUCUCUUAAGCACGUUAAGUCUAGCAAAUGUCUACACACUACCGGAGGAUGGCCUGGUGUGGAUAAAUACAUGGUAAUAUAUAAUGGAUGCAAUGUGAAAAGGCUCGAAUUGUGGUUCGGAAAACAAGAUUGUGUGGAGCCACUUGGAAUGCAGAACGGUGAAAUCAAAGACAGCCAGAUCACUGCUUCCUCGGCGAGAAAGGGAGAACCCGCUCAAAACGCAAGGCUUAAUUUAAAGGGAAAAUAUUGGUGUGCAGGAGAGAAAAGUAAGAGCGAGUAUUUACAAGUUGAUCUCGGAGAGGUCAAAACUGUCAGCAAAGUCCUAAUACAAGGACGUGGGACUUGGUACUCUUGGGUAACUGGCUUCUUCUUACACUACAGUGAUGAUGGUCAGCGGUGGGCAACUUACACAGAGAGUGGAGAUAAACGGCACUCCAAUUCCCACUGUUAUCUUGGAAAGUGCAGUGAAAUUCUUGAAACUCAGUGUAAGGACUUAUGGGGAGCUAGCGCCAAUAGCGCUGACCCAGUAUGCUACGACAAACUGAACACUGAAGCCGCUGGAUAUGGUACAUGUGAUCCAGCAACCAACUCGUCAUGUGCUAUGUGCAUGGGUUACAAGUGCCGAUCAUUUGAAGAUCUCGAUAUCAGUGUGCGGUGUCCGUUGGUCAACAAUGAAGAGUGUGCAGGAAGAGGGGUCUGUACCAACAAAAAGGAAUGCCAUUGCGAGGGAGGAUUUGAUACUGUAGACAGUUGUAAGUCAGACUUGAUACCACGUGACGGAGCCUGGGGUGACUGGUCCUCAUGGACUGUGUGUGACAAGGGCUGUGGUGGUGGAAAAAGAAGAAGGCAUCGGUUCUGCAACAAUCCAUUCCCUCUACAUGGAGGAGCUGACUGCCCCGGAGAAAGGCACGAAACGGAGGACUGCAAUACAGAGAGUUGCCCCGAGGUAAUUUCAUGUCACCACUUAAAGCAGUUCGGGAAGGAACAGGGGAAGAACUAUCCUGAUGGUGUGUACAAGAUUUACCCCACAGGCUCUCAGCCAAUUAAGACAUAUUGUGAUAUGUCACGUGACGGCGGAGGGUGGACGCUCUUGAUCACUAGUCACACUAACGGCUGGACGGCAGAUAAUGUCAGAUUAAAAAACACGAACUCUCCAAAGCUGACUGAUGAUUACUCCAUCCUGCAGUAUGCAGACAGCAUCAAGAAUAAUAUCAACGUAGCUGGAUCAAAGUUUGAGUAUCGACUAGAGGCGCAAAGUUCAGGUAAUGUAAAAUAG